AAAAUGGUCAUAAAUCACUUUUUCCAGUGCCGCUGUAACUUCGAACAUUCACUAAAUGACCUGUUGAAAGCUGAGGACUGCCUGUAUAUCGGCAAGGGCUUGUAUAUUACAUUUUGUGUGACCCAGCUCUGAUAGAGGCAAAAAGCUGCAAAAGAAUGUAAUCCCCCAUCGUGUUAUUAGCUGCCUGGAGUUAUUUGUUUAGCUGCCAUCUUGACUUAUUCGACACCCUCUCUGUGUUUAUCCCAGUGGUGGGAUUCAGCUAGUUUGCACCACUUCGGCAGAACUGGUAGCUAAUAUUUUGUUGCUCAGGCCCAGUACGGACUUCCGGAAGCAGCAUCCACACAGAGAACCAGUUGUUCACAUAUUUGAAUCCCACCACUGGUUUAGCCCUAACUAUAGUUAAAGUCUUCCAGAAGUGUUUUAUCAUUGCCAUAAACCCCAAGGGAAUGCAUUUAAUAAUUUGGCAAUUUAAUAUUCUAUUUACAAAAUAGUUUUAUAAUUAGAUGGGAUAGUUUAAAAAAGAUUUUUUUAAAAUAAUAUUCUAGUAGUUGUGUUUACAGUGUAUUUAGAUUGCUCCAUUUUAUUUCUUCUAGUUUAUUUAGAGAUUUUAAAUACUGUUUUACCCGAACAGUGUAAUCCUGUAGCAUCAAUAACAGUAGACAAUUCUAGGCAGUGAUCACAGUGAAGGAGUCAGUCCGUUCAUUUUGUAAUUGGGCCUAAUCCAAAGUAUUUUGCUCCCAGGUUCAAUCUAUGUUAUGAUAAAUUUAAACAGGCAAUUCAGUGGGAACGCCUUUUUCUAACAGGGGAAGCAGAUUAUAAGUAGACAGAGCUUCUUUUCUUCGUAUGAUUUUUUGGUGGAGGUACAAAUAAGACCAGGCUUUGCAGGAAAUCCAAAACUUGCAAAAUAUGUCUGGGAAACCCAAACUGACCUAUUUCAAUGGCAGAGGACGAAUGGAAUCAGUACGCUGGCUCUUAGCAGCAGCUGGAGUUGAGUUUGAAGAAGUAUUUUUGGAAACAAGAGAACAGUAUCUGAAAUUACGUGACGGUGGAUACUUGCUGUUUGAUUAAGUCCCCCUGGUGGAGAUGGAUGGGCUAAAGUUGGUCCAGACCAAGGCUAUUCUCAAUUACAUUGCGGGGAAAUAUAAUCUCCUUGGGGAGGAUCUGAAAGAACGAGCACAAAUUGACAUGUACGCGGAAGGCACCAUGGACUUGAUGGGCCUUGUUUUGUGCUACCCGUUUUCCUCACCUGAGCAAAAAGAGAAGCAACUGGCUGCCUUUAUCGAAAAGGCUGUGACCAGGUACCUCCCAGUCUAUGAAAAGGCUCUGGAACAUCAUAAGCAAGAGUUCCUAGUUGGUAAUCGCCUCAGCUUCGCAGAUAUACAAUUGCUUGAAGCAAUUUUAAUGUUGGAAGAGAGAAAAGCUGAUAUUCUUGCGCCAUUCCCUCAACUACAGGCUUUCAAAGCAAGGAUAAGCUCCAUUCCCACCAUUAAGAAAUUCCUAGAACCUGGAAGCCAAAGAAAACCAAUCGCCAAUGAUGCUUAUGUAGCUGUUGUGCUGAAGGUUCUUCAGCUGAAUUUCUCGUAACAUCAUGUCUGCUUGCCAGAACAUCAGAUAAUCAGACCCAGUGCAAGCCAAGAAGAUUUUCAUCAGACAACAAGGAACCCACUCCAACCUUUACAAGCUGUCCUAAAGGACUCCUUUUAUUACUUAACCUCAGAUGUUGAUACAUCUCCCACCCUGGUUUAUAUGCAAUGGUGUUUUCCCACAGAGGACUCCCCAUUGUUGUUUAUCAUGGCACAGUGCUGCCAGAUGUGCUAAAUGCAUGGAGCUUACCUACCCCUCAUCUGGGGAAUAAUUGAGAAUCCUCUUUUUGUUUCCUAAAAGCAAAAGAUUGUCUGCUGGGACCAAAAACAAUAAAUGGCUUACUCUUUGG